AUGUGUUAUCAGUGUAAUGGGCUGGUCUCGGGUCUGCCGCCCACAGCCUUCCGCAGCUCCUCCGUCUCCUCAGACAGCCAGUCGCCCUACUACGCCAAGCUGAACAGACGGGACGGAGGUGGAGGCUGGACGCCGGAGCGUACGGAUCGUCUGCGCUGGUUACAGGUUGACCUGCGGGAGAGGGUAGAGGUCACUGCCGUGGCCACGCAGGGUCGUUUCGGGAGCUCUGAUUGGGUGUGCAGCUACGCGCUGCUGUACAGCGACACAGGAAGAGCCUGGAAACAGUACAGGCAGGAAGACAGCACUGGGACCUUCCCAGGGAACACAAACGCAGAUGGAGUCGUCCACCAUAAACUGUCCCACUCCAUCAGAACGCGCUACCUGCGUUUCCUGCCCCUGGACUGGAGUGCUGAGGGCUGGAUCGGACUGAGAGUGGAAGUCUACGGCUGCUCCUACAAGUCGGACGUGGCGGAUUUUGACGGCCGGAGUUCUCUGCUGUACCGGUUUAAUCAGAAGUCUAUGAGCACGGUGAAGGAUGUCAUCUCUCUGCAGUUUAAGAGUCAGCGGGCGGAAGGGGUUCUGGUCCACGGUGAGGGUCAGCGGGGGGAUUAUAUCACGCUGGAGCUACACCGGGGCAGCCUGGCUCUACACAUCAACCUGGAUGAUGCUAAAAUGCACCCGAGUAGUGGUCAUGUGUCCGUGUCUCUGGGCAGUCUGCUGGAUGACCAGCACUGGCACUCUGUCCUGAUCGAGCGCUUUAACAAACAGAUUAACUUUACAGUGGACAGACUGACCAGGCACAUUCGGACAGGAGGACUGGGGGACUCACUGGAGGUCGAUUAUGAGCUCAGCUUUGGAGGAAUCCCUUUGCCUGGAAAACCAGGAACGUUUCUGCGGAAAAACUUCCACGGAUGUAUGGAGAACCUGUACUACAACGGGGUCAACAUCAUUGACCUGGCCAAGCGCAAGAAACCCCAAAUCUACAGUGUGGGCAAUGUGACCUUCUCCUGUUCGGAGCCCACAGCGGUGUCGGCCACCUUCCUGAGCUCCAGCGGCAGCUUCCUGCAGCUCCCGGCGGACCCUGGGGACCCUGCGGCCGAGGGGGCGGAGGGCGAGGGUGUGUCCGGCGGGUGGUCGGCAGGGUUUCACUUUCGGACGUGGAACAGAGACGGGCUGCUGCUGUGGAGCGGCCUGCAGCGGUCAGAGAGACUGCUGCUGCUGCUCGCUGACGGACAGCUCCGCCUAACGCACUAUAGAUCAGCUCUACAGAGCGCCGAGAUAACCGUCGGUCAGGGUCUGAGUGAUGGUCAGUGGCACUCCGUGUUGGUCACUCUGAACGGCCUCCAGGCAUCCGUCUCUGUGGACAACGAGCCGGCGUCCAGCAUGCUGCUUGGUGAUCAUGCUCAGCUUGGGAGCACUGUGCUGAUUGGAGGAUGUCCAGCAGCACUGGCCAAUCAGGGCUGUCGGAACCCCACGCUGGCCUUUCAGGGCUGCAUGCGCACCAUCGUCAUCAACAACCAUCCGAUCGACUUGUACCGUGUGCAGCAAGGCCUUCUUGGUAACUUCAGCGAGCUCCAAAUUGACAUCUGUGGCAUCCGGGACAGGUGUUUGCCCAAUUACUGUGAACACGAUGGCGAGUGCUCACAGUCCUGGAGCAACUUCCACUGUGACUGCUCAGGGACGGGCUACACUGGAGCUACCUGUCAUAACUCCAUCUUUGAACCAUCGUGUGAGGCUCACCGGCUGACAGGAAGCGCCUCGGGAUUCUUCUCCAUCGAUCCAGACGGCAGUGGUCCACUCAAGCCCACCGUCGUCUACUGCAACAUGACCGAGGAGAAGGUCUGGAUGGUGGUGGGUCACAACAGCUCCGCGACGGUCACCGUUAAAGGCUCAUCUCUGCAGAAGCCCCACGUGAUGAAGCUGAACUACAGCGCCACCUUGCAGCAGCUCAGCACACUGCUGCACCGUGCAGAGCACUGCCAGCAGGAAGUGCUCUACCGCUGCAGGAAGUCCCGCCUCUUCAACACCUGGGAUGGAACCCCCUUGUCCUGGUGGUUGGAUAGAGGAGGUGAGAGGAGAACGUACUGGGGUGGUUUCCUGCCCGGAGUUCAGCAGUGCUCCUGCAGCCUGGCAGAAAACUGCAUCGACAUGAACUACUUCUGCAACUGUGACGCAGACAGGAACUCAUGGGAGAAUGAUACUGGACUGUUGUCCUAUAAGGAUCACCUGCCAGUAACGGAGAUUGUGGUUGGAGAUACGAAUCGGACGGGUUCAGAAGCUGUUUACAAAGUCGGAUCUCUACAGUGCUAUGGCGACAGGUUUCUGUGGAAUUCGGCAUCGUUCUAUCAGGAGUCAUCCUACCUCCACUUCCCCACUUUGCAGGCUGAGCUCAGCGUGGACAUCUCCUUUUACUUUAAAACCACAGCGCCUUCUGGAGUGUUCCUGGAGAAUCUCGGAGUCAAAGACUUCAUCCGGGUGGAACUGAGCGGUCCGUCAGUGGUGAUGUUUGCGUUUGAGGUGGGGAACGGGCCGGUGGUGCUGACAGUGAAGUCCCACGUCCCGCUGAACGAUAAGCAGUGGCACUACGUCCGAGCGGAGAGGAACGUGAAGGAGGCGUCGCUGCAGGUGGACCAGCUGCCCCUGCGCUUCCUGGAGGCGCCGUCCGACGGCCACAACCGCCUGCAGCUCAACAGCCAGCUGUUUAUCGGUGGAACCGCCUCCAGGCAGAGGGGAUUUCUGGGAUGUAUCAGGGCAUUAAAUAUAAACGGAAUGACCCUAGACCUUGAUGAGCGUGCAAAGAUGACUCCAGGGGUCAGCUCGGGCUGUCCGGGUCACUGCAGCAGCCAGAACCAACUGUGCCACAACCGCGGCCGCUGUAUCGAGAAGAGCAGUGGAUACGUGUGUGACUGUACGCACUCAGCGUAUGGAGGACCUCACUGCCAGAAAGAAGUGUCUGUAUCUUUUGAGAGCGGCACGUCGGUGACCUACACCUUCCAGGAGCCGUUCUCUGUGAUGCGCAACAAGAGCAGGCAGUCGUCGGCCAUCUACGCCCAGAGCAGCAAGUCCCGAGAGAACGUGGCCUUCCGCUUCCUCACCACGAAGGCACCGGCCAUGCUGAUGACCGUCACCACCUACCAUCAGCAGUACAUGGCCAUCAUUCUGGCCCACAACGGGAGUCUGCAGAUUUGGUACAAACUGAACAGAGAGAAGCAGCCGGACGUGUUCACGCCCACUCAGCACAGCCUGGCCAAUGGGAAGCUCCACAGGAUACAGUUGCACCGAGAGGGGAGGGACAUGUACGUGCAGGUGGACAAGGACAUCAACCAGAAAUACAGACUCUCUACAGAUAGAGAGCUAAACAUGAUCAGGUCGUUGACAUUGGGCAAAGUCACAGGUCGAGCAGGCGUGGACGAGGAGGUGCUCCAGGCUGGAUCGAGAGGUUUCAUUGGGUGCCUGUCAUCCGUCCAGUUUAAUCACCUGGCUCCUCUGAAAGCUGCUAUACUGAACAGGGGAAGCUCACUGGUCAGCGUGCUCGGCAAUCUGGUGGAGUCCAACUGUGGAGAGCUGGCGGAUAAAUCCUCCUCCCGCUCACUAUCAGACCACACGGACGGAGAGAACAGAGGAAAGGAGCGCCUGAAGAAUUCCGAGCAGAGCGACUCGGCUGUAAUUGGAGGUUUAAUAGCCGCCCUGGUCCUCGUCGCGCUCUCCGUUUUGGCAGUCAUGCUGCGUUUCCUGUACCGCUACAGGCUCCAGCGCUCCCAGCAGACCCCCUCAGUGAAGGAGAAAGACCACCCAUCUCAGCCGGAGCUUAACUACCGCACACAGCUCAGCCUGCACAGCUCCAUCAGGGACAGCAGGAAAGAGUACUUCAUAUGACCUCUGUGAUCUUCAGCCUCCUAACCCCUCGCCG